GUGUAAACGAUCUAGUAUUAUUGUUUUGUUUACGAUUAUUACUGUAAUUUAAGAAAUUAAUCAAUCAAUGUCGACAAGAUGAGUUGUAUCAAGUGCAUCAAACUUCGAACUAACUCUGUAACAAGUUAAUGUACAAUUUGAUCAAACCAUUAUCGCGAUGUUUUUAGAUUUAUAAACAACAAUGUUACCUAUGCUAUUUAAUAUGGAAGGGAGUUCCAAUUCGGUUAACAAUUAUUCAACAUCGAGUAUCUUCGAUGACAAUACUAUUAUAAAUGGUGUAAGGAGCAGGAAGAAGGUGACCGAACUGCCUAAUUGCCCGGUCUGUAGUUGCACUAUACGGCAAGGCGAGCUAGAUACACAUUUAUCGUUAGAAGUUGAAAGGUUAAACAAACUAUCUUGCGGCUCUAAGAGAAAGUUGAGUGCUAAUAGCCCUGGGGCUCCUAUUCCUGGUUCCAGCACCAGCCAGGAAGAAGAUGUAGACGUAUCAGGAUGCUUGGGGAGUGAAGCAUAUGAGCGUGUACACAACAACCGGGUGCGUCGGCUCCGCGCUCGUCGUCGGCCCACGCCCCCGCCGGCCGAGGGCGAGUGCCCCGUGUGCACGGCCGUCAUGCCUAGCUGGCGGCUGCAGAGACACGCCCUGCGCUGCAUGAAGCGGACCGCGGGUGAUGACACCAGCUCCGAGGGCGGCUCCAUCGACGUCGAGAACGAUGAGCCGAGUGGGUUCGGUGAGGAGUACCAGUGGUGCGGCCAGUGGCGCGUGCGUGCCACCGCGCUGCAAGACGCUGACGCCCGUCCGGGCACCAGCGUGCGAAGAGCCUCCACUGAUGAUGCUCUGGUUGUGGUGGAUGAUGAGGACACCGAGAUAUAUGGACCAGCUCAAUACUCCCCAUCCAGGAUAGCGCCCGAUGCUGACAUACCAAUGGAACAGGAAGCAGAAGAUGAAAGAACGCCAGAGAGCGGAACAGAAGAACUCACUAGAACAGAGCUGAGUAAACCCAAUGGUCUGGUGGAGGCUAGCGCCGAGACGAGGAUACAGGCGCUGAAGGCUAAGAUCAGAGAGUUGGAGAAGAAGCAGAACACAGCCACUGAGAUGAAGUGUCUCAUCUGCCUGGGCUCGUAUACUUCUCCAGCGGUCUCCAUCCAGUGUUGGCACGUGUACUGCGAGGUUUGCUGGCUGCAGUCGCUGAAGGCAAAGAAGAUUUGUCCGCAGUGCAAUGCCAUCACCACAUCGGAGCAUCUCAGAAGAAUAUACAUCUGAAGGUGGAGCGGCUGACAGCACACAGCUACAAUAGUGGUGACAAGAGAGUCACCACGUGGAAGCAGACAGAAUAUUAUAUCGAUGAGCUAGUUAAAAAUCUCAAAUUUAAAUCUUGUAACUAGCAUAAAGCUGUCGGUAUAUCAUGGUUUCGGGUCUUUAUUAUGACAUUAAGGGACGAGACGAGUGGGACGUUCAGCCCCCAUGGUCUUGAAAACAGCUCGUCAUGGCCCCAGGUCCCAUGGUUUUGAAAACAACUCGUUCCAUACUUAAAAACAACUUCUCGGUUUUUUGGUUUAAUGUGUCGUUAUCAGAAUUUCAACCAAAAAGAAUUAAUAUUAUUAUAAUGGAUAAGUGGGCGUCCAUAAAAAAAGAAUUUUUCGACCACUCUUGGUGAGAUAUUGCAAUAUUUUCCCCAACUCUCUCCCUUCUCCCGUAAUCUCACGCGAGAUUCUUCCAAAUUUAAGUUUUGGCUAAAACGUAUUGGAUUUUUAAGAAAAAAAAACACAACUUGUUCUAUUAUUUUUAUUGAGACUAGCAAUGACUAGUAUUUGUAAUUAUUACCGUAAUAUAAAAUCACAUUCAUUAAAUUAAAUAAUGAAUAUUAUGUAUAAUAUUCAUUAUUUAAUUUAAUGAAUGAAAAAUAUAAGAAAUGAUUUUUACGUUUUCUGCUAGAAAAAUAAUUACGCGAUGAUCACUAAUAGACUCCCCCAAGGAGUGAUCACCUACCAUGAAGUGAUUCCAAUGUUCGGCUAUCACCUCUUCUUUGAUAUACUUUCGUAUAUUUAUAACGAAAUUGUGUGAAACUUUAAAUAUAAGACAUUUAGUUGUAAGAAGUUGCCUUCUGUGAAGAUGUACAAUAAGGAAUGUAAUAAUAAUAAUAUUGUGAUGUAAAAUGUAAUUAUUAUACAUAUAAAGGUAUUUUUUACA